AUGAAAUUGUCUGUGCUUCUGACUCUGCUGUCCAGCUGUGCUUCUCUGGGCUCUUCACAACAGACUGAAGACCCGUGGCAUGACUUGGCACAGCAGUUGAAAACAAUGCCAAAGCAUAAGGAAAUUAUGGUGCACUCAGCCCAGCAGCCAGAUCCUUUCCAAGGUGGAAUUGAUAUUACAAUCCCCAUUGACUAUUUUGAGGAGGAGCAAGAGCUAAACUGGGAGCGGUUUUACAGUGCAGACGAACUAGAAGAUCGAUUGUUGUACAAGCGGUUGGUACAGUCUAGCGAGGAGUUCAAUAACACAGAAGCAACUUUUGCGCUGGCUCAAAUUCACCUACUUCAAGAGUAUGGGUUUCCGCACAAUAAAAGCUUGGCAUUUCGCUACAUGCAGAAAUUCAACGAACUCACAGAUUAUACAAAUGCGACUGCUCUUUUUGAACUUGGCUUGAUGCACACGACGGGUCUUUUUGGUACAAUUCCAAUAGACACUCCAAAGGGUCUUAUAUAUUACGAAAAGGCAGCUGAUUUGGGGGAACACCGGGCCAUCAUGGCUUUGGCCCAUCGCUAUUUUCGAGGCAUCAAUGUUCCUCCAAAUCGGGACAGGGCACUGUUGCUGUAUCGAACACUAGCGGCUGAACUCCAUGAACAAUACACAGAGGUGGAGUGGAAGUUGUUUCCCCCAUAUGUCGAGUCUUAUCUCGUACGGAUUCCCGAUUUUAAUGGUGGAAUCCUGGGCAAUGGCUUGGGACUCACACCAUCGUCUGUGAGGAGGCUUAGGGCAAGUCGUCCCGACGUUACUUCCUCCAUCCUCACAAAUUUGCACUCCGGAAUGGUGGUUUUGCAUUUUGGCUCUGGUUCUAAUGAUUUCAUGGAAGAUGACGAUGAAGAUGGGAAUAAUUUUGUGGACGUCUAUUAUACUGCUCUAGACAAUUAUAAAGGCACCUAUACCCAGCAGCGCAAUGUCAAAAUCGCCGCAGAGCUUUUAAAAAUAACAGUGUCGGAGUAUCACUCUCAAGUUCGGGAUAUGGAUACGUUACAGAAGUUCUAUUACGCGAAAUGUCUAGAACUAUGGGGCCACAUUUGUUUCACAGGAGAGGGUUUACCGGAGCCGAAUAUCGAAGCAGCAGAACGGUUUCUGUCAGAAGCCAUACAUGAAUUGAAACUGAAAGGCAAAAGUGCACAUUUAGACCUAGGCCUAAUAAACCAGUACGUCCAUCAGAAUAUUACUGCAGCACUAGAAUACUACGACGCUCUCUCUUCAUCUUUGGACGCUAUUAGCUCUGAGGCAUAUUUCCAGUUUUUUCAACUCUACAAAGCAGGUUUAAUGCCACCAGCAUUACCAAAAGACCUCAAGAAGAACAGAUUAACCGAUUAUCCUAUAUUGUUGAAAACCGCAAGUACCAUGGGCCACUCAAGGGCCGCUUUUGAGGUCGCCUCCCGCUCUGAGAAGGGUGAUCGCGAUUUUUAUCAUCAGAGCGUUAACAGUUUAGUAAACCAGUAUAUGUCAUUCAUUGAGUCCCAAGAACAUUUGAUCCUACCACAAAUGAAGGACGCAUUUGCAGCAUUAUUGAGAGGUGAAACAGAAGCGGCCCUCUGGCUAUAUGCACAGGCAGCGGAACAGGGAAUUAACACGGCUCAGGUCAACGCAGCUUUUUUGCUAUACCAACCACCUUAUGAGCUGGACGAACCCCCCAUUAUGCCAAUCGAAAGAAAAUUGGCUGCUGCGAAGUACUAUAGACUUGCGUCAAAAUCAGGUUAUGCCGAGGCUGCUGUGAUUGCAGGCAAUAUUUAUUUUGAUAUGAAUGAUUACGCACAAGCAGUUGCUCUGUAUCAAAGCCACCCAUACUCUGCACUAGGUAACUGGAAUUUGGGAUACAUGUACGAAUAUGGUUUAGGGGUGGAUCGAGAUUUUCAUCUAGCGAAACGAUAUUACGAUGCGGCCCUGGCUCUUAACUCUAAGCUGUUUCUGGGCGUGAAACUCUCGACGUUGAAACUAGAGUUCAAAUCAUGGAUGUGUUGGUUUAUGGAAGGAAUACUUCAAAAGAGUCCAGAACUUGAUGCUGACAAAGAAGCGCAAGAAGUAAAGGAGGCCAUCCACUCUAGAGUCCUCAAGGCGUUUCAAAAAGCUCGCCAGGCUCAUAAAAGAAGGAAUGGUUUCCCCUUAGGUGAGUAUGACGUACCAAAUCUUCCCGAUGUACUUACGAUCAUGGGCAUCAUGCUGUUUUUCCUGUUUAGCCACCUUUUGAGAAACAUGGUUCUUCGCCAGCGGGGUGGUAAUGAAGGAAGGUUCAACCUCAAUGUUCAAUUCUUCGCGAUAUAA